GAGAGAAGGAAAAGGAACUUAGCUGAACUACUUCCUGCCGUGCUGCCGGAAGCGGCUUUUGAUACGGUUUCUCCUGAGAGGUGGAAAAUGGCGCUCGAAGUUCGGGGGAUGGAAGACGGCGAGCUGUCCGAGUCGGAUUCAGACAUGACUGAUGCGACCACGAACAGCGAGCAGCCCUUGCAGCCCCCGCAGCUGAAAGUACCAGAUGGCAAUAUUUCAUUCAGGCCUUUCCAGAGCAGCAUUGCAGUCCCUCCAGUAUCACAUUAUCGAACUAUUAAGGGUGUAGAAUCAAGCGAGGAAAGCUUUUCUGAUUCAGACGAUGACAACUGUCUUUGGAAACGAAAGAGACAGAAAUGUUUUAAUCCUCUUCCCAAACCAGAGCCUUUUCAGUUUGUGCAGAACAAUCAGAAACAACAUAUUCUGGGAGGGAGGAAAAUCAACAACAUAUGGGGUGCAGUGCUACAGGAACAAAGUCAAGAUGCGGUGGCUAAUGAACUCGGUAUACUGGGGAUGGAGGGCAACAUUGACAAAAGCAGACAGUCAGAGACUUACAAUUAUUUGCUGGCAAAGAAGCUAAUGAAGGGAUCACAACAGCAAACUCAACAGCUAGACAAAGAGUUAGAUGAACAUAUGCAUGAUAAAAAAGCCGGUCCAAAAGAAGAAGAAAAUGGACAGGGUCAUACGAAACGGAAACGACCUGUCAAAGACAGACUAGGGAACAGAUUAGAGAUGAACUAUAAAGGUCGAUAUGAGAUUACGGAAGAGGAUCCCGAAGAAAAAGUGGCAGAUGAAAUUUCUUUCAGGCUUCAGGAACCAAAGAAAGACCUGAUAGCCCGAGUAGUAAGAAUAAUUGGAAACAAAAAAGCAAUUGAGCUUCUGAUGGAAACUGCAGAAGUUGAACAAAAUGGUGGACUUUUAAUAAUGAAUGGCAGCAGAAGAAGGACACCAGGUGGAGUAUAUCUGAAUCUUCUGAAAAACACACCAAGCAUCACUGAGGGACAAAUUAAGGAAAUUUUCUAUGUUGAAAACCAAAAGGAAUAUGAAAAUAAAAAAGCUGCUAAGAAAAGGAGAAUACAAGUCUUGGGGAAAAAGAUGAAGCAGGCUAUUAGAGGUCUUAAUCUUCAAGAAUAUGAUGAUGCAUCUCGAGAAACUUUUGCAAGUGACACAAAUGAGGCAUUGGCUUCUCUGGAUGAUUCCCAGGAAGGACAUGGAGAAAGAAAGUUAGAAGCAGAAGAAACCUUUGAGGUUGAUCAUUCUCUUGAUUUGGAGGUCUUUUAAUAACAUCUUCAAUAUCUAGGGUAAUAAAAUUUUCUAAGAAGCAUCGAGAUUAACCAUUUUAUUACAGUUUGACUACUUCAUUUGUUUGCCUUUGCACAUGUUACCUGAUAAAAGCAUUUGUUUCUGUUUCGAAGAACGUGAAGGAAGAUGAACCUAAUAGAAAUGGUAUCUGUUGUUUUUAAGAAACCUGUCAUGUCUAGCUAAAUAAAGUUUUAAGUGUGUUGAAAUCAUA